AUGGCUACCAGUACACUGAUAGAGGUUUUUGGUCAGAUCGUAUAUCGCCUCACGCGCAGCGUUACAGAACACUACAACCCAGAAGAACCUGAAUUCACGACAGAGUCUUUUGGCUACGAUCCACUGCUAAGCACAGGUAGAGAAUGGUAUAAAGAGCCUGUUGAUGAACUGAUAUACCAAGAGUACAGCAACAGAGAGGCCACAAACUCGAACUUUUUCGCACAUAACAUUAAUGUCCAGGUUAAAGACGCGUUCUUACCAGAAGACAGUGAGGAGACAAGGGUAGAUCAGAACGUUAAGGAGGAAGAAAUGACUUGGAAACGUCUUCGUCCAUCCUUUUCACAGACAGUUUGUAAAUCGAUGUGCUUUGGAGCGUUGAUUUCGUUUCUUGCAGCUAUGUUAAUUGCCAUGGUUUACCUGCAAAUCUCCUAUGUCAGUUAUAAAACAAUUCUUCAAUGUCAGGAUUAUAACAUCUCGUCAAUUCCAAUUCGUGUGCAGUGGAUCAAAACGAUUUCUGAUGCGAUAUCCGUUAGUUUCUACUACUUCUGGAUCUUUGUUACACUCCUGUUUCUUUUUCAUCCAUAUCAGCUCAAAGGAAUAAAGAAAAAGCUGAUUCUGGUAAGCUUUGUAGCGUAUUGUUUGGACAUAAGUUAUCGCUUUUCUCUUCAAGUUAUUGGAAAGCCUUAUUAUGCGUCAGCCACUGAAUUGCAGAUUCCAAUAUAUACUUUUCUCAUCACCAGUAUAUGUUUGCAAUUAUAUAUUGUCGGGAGGCAGUUCUGCCCGCGUCCAAGACUGACAGGUUUAUUGUGUAAAAUGAUAGUGCCAUUUUGCUUGCCCCUUAUUUCUGGAAUGUUUACUUCGGAUAUUCUUUAUAGAACGUAUCUCAAACAAAAAGACACAGGCAGACUGAUAAUUGCAUUAUUUUCACCUCUCUUGGGGGUCGCUAUAAAGGUAAUAUCAAGAAUCUGUGUUCAACGAUUAUGGAACAUUACUCAUCCAGGAUACUCUUAUGUGUUAUUGGCGCCUCUCUACUACUGCUCAGCUAUUAUCUUUCGAGCUUUACAAGCAGAUCUUGACCAUCUCCGGACUAUCGCCAUUCUUGGAGUUAUUCACGGAGCUGCAGAAGUCAUUGAACGAAGCAUCAUGGCGUUGGUCGAUCAUGUUCUCCAUGUGUUGUGGAAAAGGAAAUUGGCUCCUUGGGGGAGUUUUCGCACACCUCGUCGCGAACGACUCAUGGCUGAUAUCAUCAUCUUGAGUAUGUUGUCUGAAUCUGUUGCUGUGGUGUAUGUAAACGGACUAAGAUACUUGCAUGAUUUUGUAUUCGUUGGAAACAACUCUAUAAUUUGGUUGCUCAAGACCUUCGCAGUUCACACUUCAGUUCAACUGGUAAUUGAGUGGCUUUUCACCAGUGUGUCUCUGGCGAUCGAGACUCGUUAUCAGAAUGUGGCUGUGAUGGCUGUUUGGCGAAGAAGAUGGAAAAGACACAUAUUGUUAGCGCUUGUAAAUACAUUUCCAAUCGCUGUAUGGAAUAGCUUUUGUCUCUUAGUGUUAUUUCGUGCUCGUUAUAAGGAAGUCCUUAACCAGCCCUGUAAGAUGCCGUUUACUUGA